GAGAAACGAGUACACGAGUAGAGCACACUCAUGUGCACCUUCAUUAUCUUCGAUCGUUUUAUUUUUUCUUAUUCCGCAAAGAUACAUUCAUUGUAAUAUUGCAGUGUGAUGAUUUUUAUAUAUAUUAAUGGUGUUGUUUUAUUAUUAUUGUAUAAUUGACAAUUAAGCAAAGAGGCUGUUUGAAAAUAAAAUAACAACUAGCUUGAAAUAUAUAUAUAUAUAAAAAAAAAAAGAAAAAAAUAUAUAAUAAUUAAAAAGAGACAACACGAGAAGUCAGAGGAUAUUGCGUAUUGAAAUGUCGACACAGAUUUUCUAUAUAUUUAAUUUAUUUUUUUAACGUAUAACUCAUCAAGAUUUAAUUAUUUAUCAUUUUAUUCUGUGGUGUAUAUAUUCAUUAAUAUUAAUAAGUUAUGUCAAUAUAGUUUAUUCAUUUUUUGUGACUAAGCUAUUAGUUUUUAGGUUCAGUUGUGAUGGUUGAUGUGGAUUGAAAAUUAUAUAUUCGAUGCUUGAAAUUUUAAUAAAUAAAUCGUCCGAACGUAAGCCAUGAACGCGGCUGUGAUUGAUGUUCUCCAGCGUGCUGGUAGUCAGGAUCCAAGUGUCUUGAAACCAGCUGAACAAAUGCUGAGAGAAUGGGAAACACAGAGUGGAUUUUAUACUGCUUUAUAUAAUGUCUUUUCUAAUCAUACACUACCUGUUAAUGUGAGAUGGAUGGCUUUAUUAUGUUUCAAAAACGGUGUCGAGAGAUAUUGGAGGAAAAACGCCCCAAACGCAAUAGCAGAAGAAGAAAAAGAAUUUUUACGACGUAGUCUCAUAGCAAGUUUUGAUGAGCCAAUAAAUCAAUUAGCAACUCAUUUAGCAGUUGUGAUUGGAAAAAUAGCCAGGCUGGAUUGUCCACGUGAAUGGGGCACAUUAGUACCUACUUUACUGGAAGUGAUACGCGGAGAAAAUUCAAUAGCAAAACAUCGUGCGUUGUUAACACUUCAUCAUGUUGUAAAAACCUUAGCGUCUAAACGUUUGCUAGCGGACAUUAAGUUAUUUGAACAAUUAACGACGAAUAUGUUUAAUUUCAUUCUUAAUAUAUGGAAUACAUAUACUGAAUCAUUUUUUAUAUUGGCAUCGAAUGCAGCAGUACCAGAAAAUCAAAUACAAGAAGCAUUAGAAAUGGCAUUACUGUCCUUAAGAAUUUUACGAAAACUAACAGUUAAUGGUUUUUACAAUAUUUCAAAGUCUGAAGAUGCAAUGAUGUUUUUAAAAGUCAUCUUUUCAAAAGCGAAAGUUUGUUUAGAGUGUCGCAAAACAUUAAUGUGCCGCGGAUUCCAGGUUGAGUCACUUGAAAAAUUUAUUAUACAUUUGACCAAAGUUUUAAAUGGAGCAUUAAAUAAUCAUCCAAAAUGUUAUGUUGAAUUUAUACCAGCUUCAUUAGAAUUUACAUUUUUUUAUUGUUUUACCGAGGAUGGAAAACCAUUGACAUUUGAAAAAUUUGUUAUUCAGUGUUUGAAUCUUAUGAAAGCUAUAUUAAUUCAUUCAGACUACAGAAAAAUUACCGCUGCCGACGUUAAUUGUCAAAAAGAUGAUGUUGCCCAGCGCGUACAUCAAUUAAAACAAGAAUUUUUUACUCCAGAAGUAUUAAAAGAAAUCUGUUCAAAACUAGUUACUCAUUACUUUUUACUUACUCAAGAAGAUUUACAAAUGUGGGAUACUGAUCCUGAAAAUUUUGCUGUUGAAGAUUCACGAGAAUCAUGGAAAUAUAAUUUACGAGUGUGUACACAAACUGUUUUCUUGUCAAUAUUCCCACAAUCGAUUAAUGUUAUGUCAUCUGUGUUAAUGGAUUUAAUGCAGAGAUAUCAUCAGCCCGUAGAUCCAAAUGAUUGGCGGGCAAUUUUAAUGAAAGACGCAGUUUACCUUGCCGUUGGUCUUGUCGCAUUCGAUCUUUAUGAUGAAGUUAAUUUUGAUCAAUGGUUCUCGACAACACUUAGACAAGAAUUAGAAGUUAAAAGUAAUAAUUAUAGGAUUAUAAAAAGACGAGUUUGUUGGCUCAUUGGUCAAUGGACAAGAGUUAAAUUGAGCGAAAAAUUAAUUCCUGAACUUUAUAAACUGAUGAUUAAAGCUUUGAGCUCUGAUGAGGAUCUGGUUGUGCGAUUAGAGGCUAGUAACACAUUGAAACAAGCAUUAGAUGAUUUUCAAUUUCAUAUUGAUGAAUUUAUGCCCUUCCUCGAAACGACAUUUUUAUUACUGUUCAAUCUUUUACGAGAGGUUACUGAGUGUGAUACCAAAAUGCAAGUUUUAUAUGUGUUGUCAUUUGUAAUAGAACGAGUUGGUAACGAUAUUCGGCCUUAUGUUGGACCACUUAGUGCUUAUUUACCACAACUUUGGGAAAUUUCAGAGAAACAUAAUAUGAUGAGAUGUGCCAUAAUUUCUACUCUUGUACAUUAUGUAAAAGCUUUACGUUCAGAAUGUAUUAUUGUUGAACCAAUGAUUGUAAGUAUGGUGGGCUUAAGUUGUGAUCUCAAUCAAGAUGCUCAUGUGUAUUUAAUGGAAGAUGGUUUAGAGUUAUGGCUGGCACUUCUUGAAAAUAUUGCUACGCCUACACCCGGAAUUAUGGAGCUUGUUCAAAAUAUGCCGGCUCUUUUAGAUUUUGGACUAGAUCAAGUAACUUUUAAGCCGGCUAUUAAUAUUAUUCAAGCGUAUAUAUUAUUAAGUCCGCAAGACUUUGUAGGGGAAUUAGGAAGUCGUAUAAUUGGAGGUAUCAAAUCUAUAAUGUCUGACUUGAGAUCACAAGAUGCCUUACCGGUAAUGGAAUUGUUAGAAACAAUAUUAAGGGUUGCUCCAGAACAAGGAGCUCAAUUGAUUAAACCUAUCUUAACAAAAAUUUUCAAACUCGUUUAUUUGGGUGAGGAGGAUCAAGUUAUAAUGAUGAUGAGUAUGGGUCUUAUCAUUACGUCUCGUGUAUUACUCAAUGCAAGAGAUAUCUUCGCUCAGGUAAUAAGUGAAUUAGUUAAAGAAAUCGGCGGUGAGGAAAACGAAGAAACAGUAAUGGCUCGAAUAAUAGAUGUGUGGCUUGUUCAUAUGUCAUAUGUCACUCAAUCUGAGGGAAUGAAAAUUCUUGCAUUAGCUUUAUGCUCUCUUCUCAAUGCCAAUAGUCCACCGGUUGUGUUUCAAAAUUUUUCAACAAUUAUUGGCAGUAUUGUUGAGGUUUUAAAUGAUAUCAUGAGACUUGACGAUAUGGAGCUUUAUAUUGAUUCAUUAUUAUUGGUUAAUAAUGUAGCAGAUGAGCAUGCAUCAUCUGUUGAAGAGAAUGGACAGCAUAAGACUGAACAUCAAUUACGAUUAAAACGAUUAGACUUUGAUGAUCCAGUUCGUACUGUUUGUCUAAAAGAAUUUCUACAAAAUCAACUGAACACACUGCGGAGAAUCAUGAGUAGCAAUCAAUUUGAUCAAAUGAUUGCUACAUUAAGGCCAGAAACCGAUCAACAAUUACGGGAGUACAUUACUCUUUGAAUAAUAUUAAUAAUCGAUCAGGGAUCGAAUAAUGAAUGUAAGAAGAAAUAAUAAUAAUAUUAGUUAUAAAAAUAAUCAUUAUCAUAAUAAUUACAGAUUAAAUAAUAGUACUACUAAUAUUAACGAAUGAUGAGAGAAAGCGAUAAACUAAAAUUAAUUUGAUAAAAAAAAAACAUUAUUAAUGUUAAUAUUCAAUUAAACCGUGUAAAAAGCUUCCACGAAACCACUUCACUGUAAAAUGGCACUAUUUUACUGUACAAUAAUUGUCUGUUUCACUAUAUUGAUAAUGUUGAUAAUAAUAAGAAAAAUAAUAAUAAUGAAAAUAAAAAUAGAAUUUCAUCACGAUUUAUGUUUUCUAUUACAAUCAAAUAUGUGUAUUCAGUAAUGCAAUCGAUUAAAAAUCUAUUAUAGACUUA